GUCAUCGUUCUUCAAUUAUUCGUCGGGCCCAUUUGACAGUCACGAAAUUUGGUCGGUCUAUGGACGUGUUUUAAAAUAUUGAAUAUAGCCAUGAGAUUAAAUUUCCCUUUCUAGGAAAUUUUGUUUUUAAACAUUAAUUAGAAGAAAUUUUUUCGUCAUACGUGUUUAUACAUCUGAUUAUCAUGUUUUACGAGUCGGAAUUUUCUUCAAUCGUUGUUGAUUGUUAUUGAUCGUUAUAUCGCCGUGCGCGCGCGUCCAAGUGUUUCACCCACAUCUGCAGUUAUUUAGUUUUAUCGAUACGAUGUUACGAUGCAAUUGCGUUACUUGACAAUGCUUAGCAAUAAGACACGAGUCGCUAUCAAUCAGUCAGCUAUAACUGUCAAAUACAUUUUUGCUCUAGAUUAUUUUGCUAAUAAUAAUUAACGUGUUUACCAUUAUUAUAUAUAAAAUAAAAUAUAUUGGUGUUUGCGCGUGCGCUUCGUUUUUUGUAAAUACUAACAAACAAAACAAGGCAAAAAUGGAGAAAACGAAGAAAAUGGACAAGUUGUUAUUGGAUCCUCAUCGAGAAUUUUUAGACAUGGAUACAGACGAUGAAGAUUUUGGUCGACAAGAAAGUCUCGAAACCGAAGAGGAGCUUUCUUCCGAACCGAUUAAACCGAUAUUCGAUGAACAGGAUUUAAAUAAAUUGGUACAAUAUGUAAAAGAUUUCACAAUUCUUCCUACUUCCAUCGAGGAUUCUGAUUGGAAAGAGGAGUGUUGCACGAUAAUUCGCGAGUAUUUUGAAAAUCCAGCUUGCACGUUAUUAUGUAUAUAUUUCGAAGUUGAUACAUUAAAAGCAGGAUUAAGCAUCUUGGACGCGAACCAAAAUGAUUUCGUGUAUUUCUUGCGAAUACCGUGGCACGUAUUAACAAUUGAUAAUUUUCAUGCCACAGUUGUAUUUGGCAGCAUUAAUCAUAAUUCAAUGAUGUGUGUAUUGAAUGUAAUGGAAAACAUGUAUGUGACCAUCGCACGCAACAGUGGCGAGUGGCCAGAGAUUAUCCGAAACAAUCUGUUUUUUAAUCUACACAAUUUUCUCAUGUGCUUAACCGAAUGGAUUUACAAGCCGAUCAGUUUGACCUGCAAAUUGUACGUGCCGAGAGAAAAUCUGCCUGAUAUCGCCGCGACACCUGCACCGAGAGACAAAAAGCCGAAUUUAUCUGACAAUGAGCUGACAAAUGCAGGUCCAUAUAUUUCUAAAGAAUUGCAGGAGUCGAAAAAGGCAUUGAUUGAUAGAUUAGAAAGAAUUGUACGAUAUUGGAUCAAACAGAUACGAGAAGUGUUGACGAGCAUAUCCACCAGCAAAAGUGGACGAACCAUAUUCGACGAGUUGCAACGUUGGACAGCAAGAUAUUUUAAUUUAUGCUGCUUGCACGAUCAAUUAUCGAAUUUGGAAAUUCAAUCGAUAUUACAUCUGCUAGAGAACGUUUGUUCACCGAGCGUGGACUCUUUCCAACUUUUGACAUUACAGCUUCGCGAAGGAUUAGAACAAGCUGCGUCCAAUAUAAUAUAUUUGAAUAUUUUAUCAGAGACCUGUAACAAUCUGAAAUGUCCAGAAGAGAUCGAAAAGCCUGUGAUGAAAAUAUUAUUUUUGAUAUUAUUCAUCUGGACAGAAUCCCCGUUUUAUAACAUGUCAAACAAUAUAGAGGUGCUUUGUGAAGCUGUAAGCAUUCAAAUAGUACAUCAAUGUAAGAAGUAUGUCAAUUUGCAAGUAAUAUUAGAAGGCGAUAUGGAAAAUGGGAUAAACAUACUUCGGAAAUGCAUCUCUUGUUGUCAGAUAUACAAGAUGAUAUAUAAUAAAAUCACGAAGAUAACUGCGCUCAUUAAAUCAAGCAGCAUCUGGGAUGUCAACGAACAAUUAAUAUUUAAUUACAUGGAUACGUUUAUACAAAGAUGUCACGAUAUCAUUGAAAUAUGCAAUUCUACAAUAGUAUUUGGAAGAUGUAAUAAAGUGGGAAUGAUUGGCGGUCCAAAAGGUAUCGAAUAUGACGCUUACUGUCGUCAAAUAGAGAUUCUAUUUUAUGAGAGUCUCGAUGAAAUCAAAUCAAUUCGCGACGACAUUUUAGACGUUAAAAAAUUUUCGUGGUUAGAAAACAUGCUCAAAUUUAAAAACUUUGUGAUAGAAUUGGAGAGCAUGAUUAAAAAUUUGAUCGACCGUAUAUUUAAAGAGAUGAAGACUGUUGAGGAGGGCGUCGAGGCUAUUUAUGCUUUACAACGCUUUAAACAUAGAGAAUCGUUACGAGAACUAUUAUCGAGAAAAUGGGUACAGGUAUGGGAAAUAUUUGGUAAAGAAAUUGAAAGUUCUAGUAAUAAUAUGAAUUUAUACAAAUCAUAUUAUACGCCGUUUCAAUGUUACUCGGAAGAUGUAAUUAUGCUGUGUAUUAAGCAAUAUUUAGAACGAUUGUUUCACAUAAUGAUCGAUAUGUCUGACUGGAUAGGAGAUUGUGUAGCUGAAAAAUAUAUAUUGGAGCGAUAUAAACGAAUAAUGUGUUCGAUAGAAGUGACAAACGAGCGCAAUCAAUAAUUUAAUAUACACAUACAUAUAUAAUAAGCAUAUAUAUAUAUAUUUUAUACUUAUACGUACGCUUGUAAAAAAAAAUUAUAUAACGUGGAAUGUAUUAGAAUACUGUAUAAAAAUGAAACUAUAUACAUACAUAUAAUCAUAUAUAUCUUAUAUAUUGGAGGAAAAUAUCAAUUUUGAAAUAACUUCUCAACGCCGCGAUUAAGAUUGCUAUAAGCUCAAGUAGCAGCUAGGAAAAUCUCAUUAAGCUGAUUGAAUAAUAAAAUUAUACUUUAUGUAAUUA